AUGCCACCAAAACGAACCAGCUAUGGGGAACAAAGAAGAUUUGGGGGUGGUGGUGGGAAAGGGAGGCAAGGAAGCUGGGGUAGUAGGGGAAGUGACCAAGGAAGCGACGGUCCGUCCUGGAGAAGGAAUGAAUCACUAUCGAAGGGCAGCGGGAGUACUGAAGGGGGGAAUGUGAAGGAAGGGUUGAGCACUUUGAUGUUGACAAAUGGAGGGAAGGAAAAAGCAAGCAAUGGAACGAAGGAAAAACUAGAAGUUGCUGUUGGGAGGGAGAAUCUAGGAAGCUUGGAGAAGGUGCCCAUGACACGUGUGGAGAAUGAAAAGGAAGGUGUGGUUGGGGGUGGUAGAGAAAAUAAGGAUGAGAGUGAGGGGAUGGUGAAUGAUUUACAAAAGGUGGAGAAGAAAAAUAGUAGUUCCAGUCAGGAGGCAGUUUUAGUGGUGUCCGAUAAAAGUAAUAAUGGAACUGAGACGAAACUGAGAAAGUAUAAAAGGGUGGAUCGAGCUGGGAAUAAGGGGGAGAAAAAAGAUAGUGAGCUUAAACUGGGAAUUAAAAGGCAGGGAGAGGAAAUGGAGACAGAUGAAUCACCAAAAAAUAAGAAGGCAAAGGAAAUGGAUGUAGUCAUGGAGGAAGGUGUCGAUUUAAACCAAUAUGGAGCGGGGCUGUCAGAACAGCCCUGCAUGACCCAAUGA